UUAAAUUCUAGAGGCGCUGUAGGAGCAGUUCCACCGGAAGUAACUCAUGUCUGGUCCAUUGUGGUGAACUUUCACCUUAGGCUGUGCACGCUGGAAGAAAUGGAAAGUCAGUGAAGCAACGUGGUCUGGGACAUAUUAAACAAUUAUUUAUUGAAUUUAGUGUCGCUGAAGCUUUUCCCCCUCAUCUUUUGUUCCGCCUGGAUUUAAUAAUCCGACGCGUCAACGCGGCUAAAAGAUGGGGAAGGCGCCGAAGAAGAGGAGCCUUGCUGACAAGGUGCGGAAGACCAAAACCUCCUCUGAGAUCAAAAACAACCCGUUUGAGGUGAAAAUCAACAGAAAGAAAUUUGAUGUGCUCGGGAGAAAAAGCAAGCAUGAUGUGGGUCUGCCCGGUGUAUCUCGAUCCAAAGCCGUCAAUAAGAGAAAAGAGACCCUGCUGAAGGAAUACAAACAGAAGAACAGAUCCAGCAAAUUUAUUGACAGACGUUUUGGAGAGUAUGACACCAAGAUGGCACCCGAAGACAAAAUCCUCCAGAGGUUCACGAUGGAGAGACAGCGCGUCCAUGAGAAGAAGGACGUGUACAACCUGAAUGAGGAGGAAGAGCUGACUCAUUAUGGCCAGUCUUUGGCUGAAAUGGAGAAAUUCAAUGAUGCUGUGAAUAGCGAUGAUGAAUCAGAAGAAAAAGGUCUAUUGUCUGCUGAGCUCACUGCGUCCCACUUCGGAGGAGGAGGUGGUCUCCUCAGGAAGAAGGCAUCGGGGGAGCAGGAGGAGGAGGGAGGCCAGAGGGUGAAAUCCAGGCAGGAGCUCAUUGAAGAGCUCAUCCAGAAGUCCAAGCAGGAGAAGAGGGAACGCCAGGUGCAGAGAGAGGAGGCCCAGGAGCUGACCGAGAAGCUGGAUCAAGACUGGAAGAACAUACAGUCUCUGAUGGUGAAAAAGACGCCCAAAGCUGACAAACAGGAGGAGAAACCCAAACUGGAGGAAUAUGACAUGAUGGUCAGAGAGCUCGGCUUUGAGAUGAAGGCUCAGCCCUCAGAGAAGAUGAAAACUCCAGAGGAGCUAGCCAAGGAAGAGAGAGAGAAGCUGCAGAAACUAGAGGCUGACCGUCUCAGGAGGAUGAUGGGAGAGGAAGUCGUGGAAGGUGCACAAAGUCAGAUUCACUUCUCUGCUGAUGACCUGAAUGACGGCUUCAUUCUGGAUAAACACGACAAGAAGACUCUGGCUUAUCAGGAUGGAAAAUGGAACAUGGGGGAGGAGGAAGGAGAAGAAGAUGAUGAGGCUGAAGAUGAAGAAGAAGGAGAGGGCGAGAGCGAUGAGGAACAGGAAUCGGAUGCAGAGGAGGAUGAAGUUGAGGAAGAGGAAGAAGAAGAAGAGGAGGAGGAAGAAGAGGAGGAGGGAAGCGGUGAAGAUGAUGGCCACUCAGACCUCGAGUCUGAGCAAGAAAGCGAAAACGAGGAGGAGGAAGAGGCCAGCCCCAAGCCGAAGAAGACUCUCAGCAAAGAGGAAGUGAAGGCCCAGCAGGAGGCAGCCAAAGCAGAGCUCCCAUACACAUUUGCUGCCCCUGAGAGCUACAACGAUCUGAAGGAUAUGCUACGUGGUCACACCUCUGACAACCAGCGCCUCAUUGUGGCCAGAACUCAAAAGAGCAACCACCCCAGUUUGGCUGUAGGCAAUAAACUCAAACUACAGAAACUUUUUGGCUUUCUGUUGGAGUACAUCGGAGAGCUGGCCUCUAGGAGUCCACCUGAACUUAGCACCAUUGAUAAGCUCAUACCCGAGGUGUACGCUCUGUGCCAGAUGUUUCCAGACGCAGCCUGUAAGGCUAUGCAGAGCAUCCUCGGAGAUGCCGCUCAUAGCAUGGAGGAGACGCUUGAGGUCAAAGGUCACGCAGCUUUCCCUACACUAGACAUGCUCAUCUACCUUAAGGUGACAGCCCUGCUGUUUCCUACCUCAGACUUCAGGCACCCAGUUACAACUCCAGCGCUGCUUUUCAUCAGCCAGGCUCUCACCAAGUGCCCAGUGAGAUCAUUACAGGACCUAACAUCAGGUUUAGUUCUGUGCUCUCUGGCAGUGGAGUAUGUCUCUUUUUCAAAGCGCUUCCUGCCUGAGCUCAUCAACUUCCUGGUUGGGACGCUGCACCUGGCAGUGCAGGACAAGGCAUCUUUGGGUUACAUUGUAGUGCCACCCUUCAGAGCAUCAGGAAAAUACAGCGAUCUGUUAGUGCUGUCAUCGUCAGAGUCCUGCAGGACCUGGAGCAAAAAAAGCCUCCCACUCUCUGCUACUCAGCAGCUGGACCUCAAAAAUGACCCUGAUAGAGAUAACCACAGGUUAACUUGUUUGUCUACUUGCCUCGACCUGGUGAAGAGGUGCUGCUUGCUCUACAAAGACCUCCCCUCCUUCACACACAUCUUUCAGCCAAUCAGAACGCUUCUUUCAAAACAUCUUUCCACCCAAACAUUACCAGAACCAUUACAGGAGCUUAGCAGUGAGAUCGUGGAGGCCAUUAGCAGCACGCCUGUGACUCACAGUCCGCUCGUUUUUGACAAGAGAAAGCCUAUUCCUCUGAAACUGCUCACGCCCAAGAUUGUUGAAGUGCUGGACUAUGGAAAGAAGCGUGGCAGCACCAGAGAGGAGAGAGAGAAGGAGCGACUGAAGCAUAAAUACAAGAGGGAGUUUAAGGGCGCUCUGAGAGAGAUCAGGAAGGACUCCCGCUUCCUGGCCAGAGAGAAGCUCAACGAGGUCAUGAACAGGGAUGCAGAGAGAAAGAGAAAAGUGAAAGAGCUAAUGGGCAGUCUGGCCACCCAGGAGGGAGAGUGGAAGUCCCUGAAGAGGAAGAAGAAGUGAAAUAUUUAAUCUCCACCAGUUCUCCCCAUUGUCUGAUCAUUUUCAAAUGGACCUCUCCAGUUGAGCUAUGGAUCACAUGUAUAAGGUUGAAAUAUAUGGAAUAUACAGUUGAGAGUUCUCUGUCAUGAUUGCACACCAUGUUGUCACAUAUUCCGAUGUAGGCGUCUGAUGUGACAAUUGGAUACUGCUGUUGGAAGUGUCAGUCUACAAAGGAACAAAGGAGUGAAUAUUUUGCUCGGAUUUUCCCUUUUUUUAAAAAAAAAAACAGAAACCAUCACAAUGUUGUGCUGUUGUGUGUGCUGUUAACAGUGGCUAUACUUUUCCAAUAAAGAAGGUCAGGGUUACUCCCACUAUGAUAAAAAUGUAAAUAAAUUUACAGCACAUGGAUCAA